AUGAAUUCCAAGUUCGUUUUCCUGUUAUUGGUUGCAAUUCUGGUGACAGCCUCGUACGCCUCCCUUCUUGAGGAAUUCGAUGAAGCUUAUGGUAGGUUAAUUAUGUAAGCAUUGUUUUGCAAGAUCACUGAAGAAACAACAGUAAACUGAUCACUCACGGGGAAGUCGAAAAAAUAGGGGAAAAUUAAUACAAUUGUGGCCAAUUAGUUUUCUUUGAAACACAAAGACAACGGUUUGUGUUUCAAACCGAAAAAUUCGGCACAUACUCUGAUUAUUCGUCUCCGUUCGCCAUGAGUUCGCCGUCAAUUCUGUCUUUGUUACUGAUCCACAUUUAUUUUAGAGAUCCGACCACGGAUUGCUUUAUACUCAUGGUUUUACUGUUUAUUUUUGACCUUUGAGAAAUUUUUAUCAGUCAGGUAAAUGAACAUAAUCUUCAUUUUUGUCUUGAUUCGCCGGAAGCAGUAUACCCACUGCUGACCGUUUUAUUAAUCAAUUUCUUCGUUCAGCAUAAUCGAGACAACGUGAUUCCUGUCCAUGCCCAGAAGAAGCCCAAUGUGGUGAAGUGUGUACCGUAAAUCAGGGUUCUGUUUCAUACAAUUUUACUAAGUAUAGGUAAAACAUGUUAAGAUGGCUCGACUUUUUAGAGGGGAUAUCUCCCAAGUUUGAGCAUUUACAACAUUGGCAUUAACAAAGACAUCGGGAAAUGUUUCCCACAGCUAUAUUAUGUAUAAAGAUGGAAAUGUGUUAUUGACAUCGAAGUUGUCUGGCAACGUAAUGACGCAGUUUGGUGUUUUACUUGCUUUUGUCUUUCUCGAUACCAGGUGGCUGCCUCAAUUAUGGCAAAGUUUGAAUACUUUCUAUACAAUGCGUUUUUGAAAUAUUUUCAAACGAAAAAAAAUAGUGAUUAAACAUGCAUGCUAUCGACACGAUUGGCUAGUAUCUGAAGAAAGUUAUGAAGUCUGGAAAUGCAGUUUCAUCUCAUAGCAGUUUGAUUCCAUUUGAAACCGUGUACGAAAAAAAAGAGAGGGACUGCUUUGGCCGAUCAGCGAGAAAGAAGAAUUAAAAAUUUGAUUAGCCUGCGUUCGACUGCUUUUUUUACCAUUUUAUUCGCAAAUUGAUUGGUCCACGCCUACAAAUUUCGCGGUAAUUAAUCACUUGAUAAUUUUUAAUUUAUAAAGCCUUCCAAAGUCACAAAUUACCCCCCACCCCCCUUCCCCCUAGCUAGAGUCUGUGUUUACAAGUGAGCGUCCGCAUAGUUCAGUUCACUAGCACUAUUUUCAAGUUUCAUAAUCAGAUGCACAACUUAAGCAAAAAAAUUUGCGUUCAAAAGGACCGUCGAUAUUUGGAUCAUAACAAUUUUCCAUCGUUAUACAUAUAAUAGAGCUAUGUUUACUCUGAACUUUGAAGCGUUCCCCUUAAAAAUCGAUUUAAAAAAUCCAGUCGAGCUACCAUUUUACGUUGAUUUUUUCUUAUUUACAUGUAUAUUGAUUGGUUUCUAAAAGUAAAACUUGAAAUUGAAUUGACAUGACGACAUAUUUCAACAUCCGCGGCUCGCAACAAUACUAUAAGCUAAUCGGGGCAAGCUGAUGAAAACACAAAGUAGUUUACGAGGAGGAAGAAUUAAGAAGUAAAUACAAAGAAGUAAGUAGUUACAAAACUGCGAACGUAUAUUACAGCUUCCUGGUACAUACCCUUUGCUUCCAGGCGGUUUCAGUUUGCUCAGCAAGGAAAAACGGACUUUUCAACAUGUGUCCUCCAAAAUAUCCCUAACUUAUAGUUUCAAGCAACUCAAACAAUUUCCUAGAUAAUAGAUAAUUUACCUGUUAAUAGCUUUCAGGGCCUCAGUGAAAAUGUUAAAUCUUUGUUUCUUUGUGUAUCCAAAACCUCACACGGGGGAGGAGGGGAAGACUCCCUUAAAGAGAAUCUACUCGAACCGGGGCAUUUGGAAGAAGAUUAUGCAGUCAGAACGUUUUUUGCAAACAAAAGAUUCUCAAACAACGGACCAAUAAAAUUCAUAGAUUUCAGGACUGUUUCCGGAGGGGUCAGGUAAGCUCAAACGGUUUUAAAGUUUUCAAUGGUUGUAUAGUUCAUCCUUGAAUUUUUUUAGUCCGUUUGCAAAAACAAAAAAAUAAAGAAUCGUUUGUUUUCAAAAAACGUUGAGAUUGGGUAAUUUUCCUCCAAGUGCCCCGGUUCGAGUAGUCGCACUGUAAUGGCCUAAACAGGGACGAGUACCUCACUAAGUAGGGAUGGGUAAUUUAGAGGCUUUCGUCGUUAACAGGGUCAUAAUGUAUUUUAGUUUUUAGCGUUUUAAAAAGGUGGCUUGUCUUUCAGCUGUUUGUGUUAAGUCUAUAUUUCUUCCUUGAAUUUCCCUAGUGAGAUAAACUGGAGUUAUCUUAUUAUAAUAACAGGGUUCCAAAGUAAAAUGUCUUUUCUUGACCGGGUAUCAAAUUUUAAAAAAAUCGCAAUGAAAAGGGUCUGAAUUUUAAGACCUCAGUGGGCCCUCCCUAGAGGCGGCCAAAUCUUAUAAAACUAAAGAUAAAAUUGCCUGUGAUGGUUAUCGAUGUUUCAAAAUGAUUUGACACUUCCAGCAACUUUGAUGGAUGAAGUGAAAGACGCCGUUGAACAAGAAGAGGAUUCAGGUAUGAACCAGUUGUUUCCAAACAACGGCUUUAUCCAUUGGCAAAUAAUAUUCUAUUCUCUUCCAGGCGUUUUAAUCAAAGCAGGUAGGCCUCGCAGUUUGGCCGAAUUCAGCCGUCAAAAAUCUGCCUAAAAAGAUUGAGUAAAACUGAUAAUUAAUGAUCACUUUAAAUAGCAAUACUACUGAGACAGAUACAUGGAUGGAUCAAUUUUGGGAAAAAAGUAGCAAAUUCAGCCACGAUUCCAUUCUUUUGUCUGCAACGCUGUUCUAGGGGAAAUUCUAUGGAAAAAAUAAAUCAGCCGCCGGAGACUUUGCGAGACCUUAAAUCUGAUAGCAAGCUCUUAUGUACGGCGGUUCGGGGGCUUUGCCGUCUUGCGCCGCCAAAAUGUUCCGCGAACUCACACAAGUGAGCCUCUUCGCAGGCUAACAUCAGAAACCUUAAGACCCCUUGUUUUAAAAUGACCUUAGGCCGUUAAAGAUGAUUAGAGGGGGAGACCAAAUCUCUUACAGCUAAAGAGUUUUGAAACAACUUACAGUUUCUAUAGGACAACUAAAAUCUUUCCACUGGUUAGACUGCGAGCAGUCUGUUAACUUUCUUUCAAGUUACUUAAUUUGAGUUUAACAACGUUUGGGUUGUGCAAAAGUUCUCGCUGGUAUUCGCUGGGAUAUUAAAUCGGCGGACGUGUGUUGCAGUUACAGAAGAUGCUGCUAGCAAAAUAACUUACACCAAUAGGUACCAAAUCCUAAAACAAAUCUGAAUUAUAACAAGCGCGGGAUUCCGAGACUCCAAUUCUUAAUGCCGAGAAUUCGAGACUCUCGAUUAAAAUUUGGCAGGACUCCACGCUGAUAUUAAAUUAGGAUACAUUCUAUACCCAUAAAAAGUAUACUGUUCCGUAUCACUGACCCGAAAAAUGCAUUUUAUUUGAGUGAAUGUCAAUUUAUUUAGCACUUAGAUACUAAUUGAGGACACUAUUUUUGCGUCUCCUUCUGGCGACGUUCUAGCCGUUUGCCGGGAAAGGGGAGUUUGAGUAAUUGUCGAGAGUCGAGAGUCGAGAGUCAUAUGUCGACAGUCUGAUAAAGGCAAGUCGGAAGUCCGAAAUAAGACAUACUCAUCGUUUACGAGUUAUCUGAGAUAUCAUUAGAGAAAUAAAUAGUUACGUUGAGUCUAUGUUUUGGAAGUCCGUGCAGUAUCGAAGACGCCUAUCUAAAGUUCGUAUGCUCCAAGCAUAGCAAUCGAAAUCCCUUAACAUGAAAUCUAAAAUCUCUGUGCACGUGCGGUGAAGACCUUCCAACCGCCAUAAUCUCCAGUUUUACGCUUCUUUGCUUUCAUCUCGUUUUUUAACGUGCUCCAGGACCCGGCCCCAGGAUUUCUUUCUCCUGUCCGCCACAUUGACUUGUCACAUGGUCGAGCCCGCAAGGCGUCUUGGUCUAUGGAAGUUUUACGCCUCAGUCACAAAUUUUUAAGUUGUUUUAAUUUCACUUACUUUCAAUUGACUUCGCUUUGAGAUUAAUUUCAAUUAACUUCAGAAAGGUUUUGAUUUCCUUUCAUUUUCAUUUUAAAUUGUUUUUAGAGUAAAAUGAAAUAACUAAAACAAUUAACUUAUAAAAGGAAAAAGCUGAAAAUAUAACAAAAUCUCUAUGGCAGCUCUAGGCCACCAUAGACCUCUGACAACGACCUUUCUAUAUCUUGUUUAGGAAACCCGCACGCUUCGAGGCGUUGUUAAAAGUUCGCAAGCACUCUUUAAAUGUUUUUGAAGAGUUUGUUCUAAACAAUCUUAGCCUUAAAUGAAGCCUCUUUUUGCCCCCGGACGGUGGAAAGAGGUAAAGUGUGUAUAUUGCAAAGUUUCAGUCGGCUUAUAGUGGGUUUUGAUGUCAAAACGGGAUUCCUCUGUGAAUCGCUUUCUUUUGAAAAAUAUUGUUUCAAGGAAAGUUAUUUCGUUCUCUGAUAUUUCGGCGGUGAACUUUAUUGUGGGAUAGAAUUCGUUAGUUUCUUUAAUAAAUCGUGUUGGAACUUCUGAAAUUUUAUGCUUUAUAAAAUAAAGUGCAUGAUCUCACUACUAUUAAUCAGGGAACAUGGCAUAAAUUAUUUUUAUUAUUAUUAAUUAAUUAUCAUGAUUAUAAUUAUCUAUUAUUUCAGAUUGUCGACAUAUCACUCUCGACUCUCGACUUGUUACUCUCGAUUCUCGACUCUCGACAUUGGCUGAGACUCGGCGAAGGAAAAACCUUCAUUUCUCAGUUAUUUUUAGACCCCGAGUUAUGGUCCGGCUCCUGGAAGUAACCCACGACCUCUCGCUCUGCAGUCGGCGCUCUACCGACUGAGCUAAUUACGUUGCGGUUAAAGACAAGAGCGAAGUUAUGACGAAAGUGCAAAGGGUUUACAGUUAUUCAUGGACUUUUUGAGGUCUCAUCCUGUAGCCGAUAGCGUUUACGUAAUGACAGUUUUACUUUUAUCCACAGGUUGUUCUAACAGUUGGCCCCAGAAUAGAUGCAAUCGAAUGAGAUUCUUUUGCCGCCCUGGAUUUAAGCUCUCAAACUUAGUAAAACAGAAAUGUAAACUCCAAUGCCGCCUUUGCGGCUGAGAAAUGCGUUAAUGGUAAGCCUGCGAGUGUUAAUGAGUGAAUGGUUGGAUGAAUGAACCAACGAAUGAAUGACAGAAUGAAUGAAUGAAUGAAUGAAUGAAUGAAUGAAUGAAUGAAUGAAUGAAUGAAUGAAUGAAUGAAUGAAUGAAUGAAUGAAUGAAUGAAUGAAUGAAUGAAUGAAUGAAUGAAUGAAUGAAUGAAUGAAUGAAUGAAUGAAUGAAUGAAUGAAUGAAUGAAUGAAUGAAUGAAUGAAUUGGUAAAAUUCUUAUUUUGUAAUUAAUUUAGGCUAAAAUAUUUCGUUAAUUGUUCUCAAAUUGACCGUGUGUAAGGUUAACUUAACAUACAGUGUCGUAUUAGUUAAUACUUUUCAAGUAUUACUGUGAUUCUUGAAAAUCAUAUUAUCUUUGUUUGUACAGGUUGACGCAGCCAACCAGGAAUUUAUAAUGUCAACGACAACGGAUUUAAUGAACUAUGGCUUAUUCAAGUGUAUUAAUUCUAUAAGUAUGAUGAGCUAAUAAAAUUUGUGGCAUGAAAUUGCAAUACUCUUAAAAUGUGUCGAUUUCAUUCUUGUGCCAGCCUCUUAGACCCUGUUUACAUGGAGUGGGGGACCCCAGUCUAGUGGGGUAGGUUUCUUUUGUUUUGUGUCCCCCAGAGCGUAAAAACAAAAGAAACCAACCCCACUAGACCGGGGUCUCCCACUCCAUGUAAACAGGCCCUUAGUUGACCAAGUCACUGGCCAACGCACGAAUCGAUUCGAUGGGUUAUUGCCUAAUAUCUUUCAUUCAAAAUAUUCCGCUGUUUCGUCUGAUUGGCUCAAACUGAAUCCUCCGGCUUAUUCUUUAUAACCAUCCGGCGUUGACCAAGGUUGGGUUCCUUUGGGAUGAUUCAUAUCAGAAUCAGUGAUCUAAGAUCACUCGGCCGGAUCAUGGAAAAUGAUAAAGUGAACCGAUGGAUCCUUUCCCAGAGUGGAUUCGUCGGUUCCUUUAAUUAAUGCUCAUGAUCCGAGUGAUCUCGUAUCAUUGAUCCUGAUCCGGAUCAUCCCAUUGGAACGUACCCCAAAUCUGAGAAGAAGCGAGCGAUGUUAUACCGUCGCUUUGAUUGUAUAUUGCCCAAGCAGCCUCGUUUCCAGACAAAUGUCCAAACAAUCAACCAAGUUUCCAGCUGCAGAAGCCUAAGUAAGUGUUUCAUGUAUUCCCGAGUGCGUUAAAAAUAGCUUUUACGGCUAUCCAAAGACGAUUAAUGACUGAAUUUCUGACCAAAUUUCUGACCAAAACUGAAUUUUCUAAAUCGAAAAAAGGCUUAGAUUGCGUGCAAACUAUGGUAACGACUAGAUGUUUUUGAUGCUGCUAUAUUUUGGAAAGUAAUUUCAAACCCUGCUUUUUUUUUGUACAAAUACGGCUUAACUGAGAUAGACGUAUUUGAGGUGUUAAGUUUAUGCGAGGCAGAAAGGCCAAGAUUACCCGCUAGAAGAUGAAUAAAUAUUACAGACCUUAAAUCAGAGUGGAUGGGUUCGAUGAGGGAUGAUUGUGCGUAAGCUCGCGACGACAAAGAGUGAUAGGUCCGUUUCGUGGUCGUUUGUAAUACUUCUGACCUGUAGUGGAAAGGCACAAGAAAUGUUAAGAAAUGUUAAUCUUCGAAUCCUUUAUUAUUAUAACUAUUAUUAUUAUUUUUUUUUUUUUUGCUUCUAUGCUAUAUGAUAACUCUUCGUUUUCCAUACAUAAAAACAAGUUUUGACUCAUUCACUGCUGAUAUCUAUUAAUACCCAGCUAUACUUAAUUCUGUCCAGUGAAAAGGUUACAAUAAAUCAUCAAUGUCAUCGCUAAGCCAUGUUCCGGCAAAGCUGAACAAAUGAGUACAGGAAAAUUAAAACUAUGCUUGGGAGUGCCUUAAUGGCGUUUCAGAAUAUUUUUAUUGUUGUAUUUACUCAACAAAAAAUACAAUUCUUUUGAUACGUGUUGCUUCGUUCCAUGUUUGGGCUUUAAAUUAUGCAAAUAUGUUUGAUUUUCAUUUGUUUCGGAGCUUAGCAGCAGCUAAGACAGAUGUAUUAUACUCACUUCUUCACCAAUCUUUCUUUAAAAGAGCUAAUACGUUAACUUUUCUAUGUACUGUAUUAUCAUGUCUAAACUGAGUAAUUUGCCUGCGAGCCUCUGCUGGACUAACGACUCAGGGUAUUGCUUCUAUGUUAUCUAUAAAAAAAAGUAAGUUAUUCUCCACCAGAUAUCUCUCGCUAAAAGCCGGUUGGGUCAAUUCAAAGUACUUGUACAGAAUUGAUGAUCACUAGUAUCGGAGAGUGCAUUAGAGAUGAUCGAAUUAAGUUGGAUUACCUAAUCCGAAAUGAGUAUACAAGGCAUUACCACCGCCGAGAUAUUAUAAAGGGAAAUAAAGGGAAUUUAUAUAUUUUAUAACAUGCAGAUCUUAUAGCGAUGCUUUACUCUACAAAUUAGUUGAAUCCUUUUCUCUCUUCACUUUUUGAAUCAAUCAUCGAGCCGGUACGGCUUUCAGUCUAGCUAUCAACCACUUUAAAAGCAUUUUCACUAAUGUGCCUAUUGUUUAACCUAAAAAUCUGAUAACAAUAAAAAGAUAUAGACGAACUCAAACAAACGAUGCCUAUAUAAAUGGUGACGGACUAAAUAAAACGUUUAGAGUAAAGAGAGAGGCCCCAUCUAAAGAUUUUCAGUCAAAUGGGAAACAUGCCCUCUCAAAAGCUGCUUAUGUAUUUUCUUGUUGCUCUUUUAUAUUUUCUCUUUAGUCCAAGAACCGAUGCAAAGGUACUGGAAGAUACUUACGCAGAAGGUAACUGCGCUCUUGAAUAUCUUUUUAUGAGUGUGUAAAUCAUAAGCCUUCAGAUUCAAAAACCCAGACCUCCAGAUAGAUGUACUUUUCUACUGAAGGUUGUCAAGAAGGUGUUAAAAACAGUGUCCUCUAUUUUACAUUAUAUUUCAUGUUAUAUUAUAUAUCUAUCGUCUUGUUCAAGGCUGUUCCAGUGAUAGGCUGACCAGAUAACAUUCACUUGGAUGGUGAUAUGAUGCCAACUUUGCCCCGAAGCUGUUUUUAUUACUUUAGUCUCACUGAGUUUUCAUUAUCGGUUAAAAUUAACUCGAGCUGUGAUUACUUUCCAUUUGUAUCAUAAUAUUUGUAACCAAGCUCAUAGGCGGAUGUCAGAAUAUGUUCUCGAUAUUUUAUCGGAUUGGAUACAACUGGAUACCAGCAAAUUUAAACUGCUUGUUGUGUAUGUACAAUGUAUGAGUUGCGUCGCCAGCUUAAACUGCCUUUUUUUUUUUCAGACUCAGAAUCACUCAGAAUUGUUAGCUUAUGAUGGUCCGCUACACGAAAAUCAUAAUUAUACUUUUUAAUAUUUUAAUUUUCAGCCUCUCAGCAGAUAACAUGCAACUAGAUAUCAGCAAGAUUAAACUGCUGAUCGUGUAUGUCGUGUAUGUGUGCGUUGUACCUGAGCUUAAACUGCCUUCUGCUUUUUCAGAAUCAGGAUGGUUAGCUUAUGAUGGUCCUCGUGACGAACAGCAUAGA